AUGAUUUAUCACGGCCUGACGUGCCUUGUUUUUACAAGAAUUCUGAUGCCUUUGAGUGGAUGUGCGGUGUCUCCAGAGUCGAGACUCGAGACGAGUGCCUGGCUGUCCACUUCGGCUCACCAUUUUGCCACGCUACCCCGCACAAACGGAGGCGGUCUCGUCAUCAACACCUCGGAAGAGAUCGAGCCGAAAGGUCUCCACCUCAUCAGGAAGCUCUCGGGGCUGCCGACGUUCGCCGUCGGUCCCCUCACCGGCGGCCGAGCACCUUCGUCGGAGGACACCGCACGAGACGAGGACUCGUGCAUCAAGUUCCUGGACUCCAAGCCGGCGGCGUCCGUCCUGUACGUGUCGUUCGGGUCGCAGAACACGAUCCCGGCGUCGCAGAUGAUGGAGCUGGAGCGGGGGCUGGAGGCCAGCGGGCGGCCGUUCAUCUGGGCGGUGCGGCCGCCGGUGGAGUUCGACGGGACGGAGGAGUUCCGCGCCGAGUGGCUCCCCGACGGCUUCGAGGACCGCGUCGCGGCGGCGGCGCAGGGCGUGGUGGUGCGGCGGUGGGCGCCGCAGGUGGCCAUCCUGGCGCACGCGUCCACGGGCGCGUUCCUGAGCCACUGCGGGUGGAACUCGGUGCUGGAGAGCCUGUGGCACGGCGUGCCGGUGGUGGGCUGGCCGCUCCUCGCCGACCAGGUGUUCGACUCCCGCAUGCUGGAGGAGCUCGGCGUCGGCAUGGAGGUGGCGUCCGGGAGGAUGUUCGGCGGGCUGGGCAAGGGUGUGGGAGCACCAAAUGCUGGUGAUACAGAAACAAAUACCGUGCAAUCAUCAGACUGA